AUGGGCCCUAAAUCUGAAUUCAAGUUCAUCACCGUCGAGGCUACUGAAGGGGAUUUCCAAGGGAAUUUCCAACCUGCAAGCAAAUCCACCCGCAGCCAUGCCAUCCGAACGGCCAUUCAAAAGGGUCAGUCCGAGCUGGGUACCUCGACGGCCCUCACGUCCCAGGAUACCAUCAAGCAGAAGGCCCAGUUGAAGGGACGAUUCAGAGUGGCAGGCAAACCCGUCAGGUCGAAAAGGUCCAAGAGCAAACAGCAUCAACAAGACCGCCGUUCUCAUGUAUCUCCAUCGGACAUUGCUGAGUUUCUGCACCAAGCAUCGCUGCCACCCUGGGUUCAGAGACUCGGGAGCGAUAGCGCUGACCCCUUCAACACGCUGCCCAUCCCAAGUAGCCCUUGCGUAGAUUCUUUAGUCAGAUAUUUCACCACCAGGUUCAAUCUCAACUCCACCACCAUCGACACGCAGAGACCAUGGUUCCCCUACGCCAUGCAGAGCGCACUCAUCAUGCGCGUCACGCUCGCGCUGGCAGCAGAGUUCCUGACCGCCACCAUGCCUAUGCUCGACGUCAAGCUUCAGCGGGAGGGGUACCAGCAAAAGGGCGAGGCGAUGCGCAUCAUCCGAGAUCGCCUGGGGUCGCAGGAGUCGGCUCGGAGUGCAAGCCAUGAUCUCUCUGUUCUUGCCGGCGUGGCCAUGUUGGGAAGCGUUGAAGCCUUUCAAGGUCACUUCUCAGCGGCCAAUGUCCACUUGACGGGACUUCACGCCAUGAUUGAAGCUCGUGGCGGGCCGGACACGAUCAAGCACGACUACAUCCUCUGCCGCUGCAUCAACUGGAUCGACAUCCAAGUAGCCUCGGGUCUCGGGAGAGUCCCAAAGUUCCCCAUGUUCCACACCCUCGCCCAGGUCUCCCUCCCUCCCUCCGUCGUGCAUCGCGCCAUGACGCCCUCCCUGCGCCACCUGGAGACGCUCGGCGGCCACAACCCCGACGAGAGCGACGAGCCGCGCGACAUCUUUGUGGCGCUGCGGCAGGCGAUCCUCUCGCAGGCUGGCGGGGGCGGCGGCGGCGGCGCCACGGGUGUGGCCGUGUCCGCGGACACCAUCAGGAUCGUAAUGAACACGGCCGACAGCGCGAUUCUGCACUUUUUAUACGUGGAGCGUCGGACGGCGACACCCGUGCAGAAGCGGUUCCUGGUCCUGGUCUCGGCCGCCCACGUCUUUCUCUAUACCGUUCUGCGCGAGAUUCCGACGACGGGCCACAUGGUGCGCGUUCUCGUCGGGAGGAUGCGCGACGCCCUGGAGGAGGCGGACGCCAUUGCGCUCAUCUGGGUCUCUCACGACGCUGCCCUCUUGUGGGUUCUGUUUGUGGGCGUCGUCGGAUCCGGAACCACCGAGGACCGAGCGUGGUUCGCGGCGAGGUUACAUAGCUUGCUGGAACGGGCCGGGGGUAUGUUGCCGCCGGAGCGAUGUAGGCGCGAGAACCUGCAGCAGCUCCUUUCCGGCUUCCUCUGGCGAGAUAAGCAUUGUUUACCCGUCUUGGAUGAGGUCUGGGCGUCGUGGGAACGUCAACGCCAACGCGGCCAAGGCGGCUGCGGUGAUGGUGGUGGUGAUGGUGAUGGUGAUGGUGGUGUUGGUGUUGGUGUCACGUAG